ACUCUUACCCUUAGUACCCUUUCUUCCAUCUCAUGGCUGACCCAUCAUCCUCCUCUUCUUCCUUCCUCUACGAUGUAUUCCUCAGCUUCAGAGGCACUGAUACUCGCUUUGGUUUCAGUGGCUAUCUCUACAAAGCUCUUUCUGAUAAGGGAAUUUUCACCUUCAUUGAUGAUGAGGAGCUUCAGAAAGGAGGGAAAAUCACAACAUCACUUCUCAAGGCUAUUCAACAGUCUAGGAUCGCCAUCGUUGUCCUCUCUACCAACUAUGCAUCUUCUUCAUUUUGCUUAGAGGAACUCUCCAACAUCACUGACUUCAUUAAGAGAAAGGAUCGGUUGGUUCUGCCAGUUUUUUACAAGGUGGAUCCUUCUGAUGUGCGACAUCAGAAGGGUAGUUACGGAGAAGCAUUGAAUAAUCAUGAAGUGAAAUUUAGGGCUAACAAGGAGACGUUCAACGAUAACAUGGAGAGAUUGCAGAAAUGGAGGGCAGCUCUACAACAAGUAGCUAACUUUUCUGGCUUUCAUUUAGAACAUGGGGAUGAAUAUGAACACAAGUUUAUUGAGAACAUUGUCAAAGAGGUCUCCAAGAAUAUUAAGCGUGUUCCUUUACCUGUUGCUCAGCACCCAGUUGGACUGGAGUCUCGAGUAGAAGAAGUACUAAAGUUGCUUAUGGAUCCCAGAUCUAGUGAUGGGGUCCACAUGGUAGGGAUCCAUGGAAUUGGUGGAGUGGGAAAGACGACACUUGCUCUAGGAGUUUAUAAUUCGGUUGCUGAAGAUUUUGAGGGUUUAUGUUUUCUUCAAAAUGUGAGAGAAAAUUCAAACACACAUGGUGGGUUACAACAUCUCCAAGAGAUCCUUCUUGGAAAAAUGUUAGGAGAGGAGAAAGAUAAGUUAGCAAGUGUCCCAGAAGGAAGUUCAGAAAUACAGUGUAGGCUCCGGGAAAAGAAGGUUCUCUUGAUUUUAGAUGAUGUUGAUAAGCUGGAGCAGUUACAGGCUCUUGCUGGAAGUCCUGAUUGGCUUGGUCCCGGGAGCAGAGUCAUCAUCACAACUCGUGACAAACAGUUGUUAGCAUGUCACGAGGUUGAAAAAACAUAUGAGGUGGAGGAGUUGAAUGGAAAAGAUGCUCUUAAACUGCUACGAUGGAAAGCUUUUAAAACCCACGAAGUUGAUCAAAGAUUUAACAACAUUUUAUACCGUGCAUUAACUUUUGCUGCUGGCCUUCCAUUGGCUCUGGAAGUUAUAGGUUCCAGCUUGUUUGGAAAAAGUGUAGAUGAAUGGAAAUCUGCAUUAGACCGGUAUGAAAGAAUUCCCAUAAAAGAGAUCCAAAAGAAACUAGAAGUGAGCUUUGAUGCUCUGGAGGAAGAAGAAAAGAGUGUUUUUCUUGACAUUGCUUGUUGCUUCAAAGGAUAUCCAUUGGCAAAGCUCCUAGAUAUAUUGCAUGCUCAUUAUGGUGACUGCAUGAAAUAUCAUAUUGGAGUGUUAGUUGAAAAGUCCCUCGUAAAGAUUCAUGAGUAUGGUCGAGUGACUCUACAUGACUUGAUAGAGGACAUGGGUAAAGAAAUUGUCCGACGGGAAUCGCCGAAUAAUCCUGGGGAACGUAGUAGGUUAUGGUUCCAUGAAGAUAUAAUUGAUGUCUUACAAGAAGAUAUGGGAACUAACAAAAUUAGAAUCAUACAUUUGAACUCCCCCUUAAGUGAUAAAGAACAAGUGGAAUGGAGUGGAAAGGCAUUUGUGAGGAUGAAAAACCUCAAGACACUUAUUAUUAAUGCUGGUCGUUUUUCCAAAGGUCCUGAACAUCUUCCAAAUAGUUUAAAAAUACUUGAAUGGUGGAGAUAUCCUUCACAGUAUUUACCAUCUGAUUUUCAUCCAAAGAAACUUGUUAUAUGCAAGAUAAUGGAUUGUUGCUUUAACUCGCCCGAGUUAUUGAAGAAGUGUGUGAAUAUGAGAGUUCUGAAUUUUGACCUUUGUGGAAGUUUAACACAUAUACCUGAUGUAUCUGGUCUCCCAAAUUUAGAAGAAUUAUCACUUAGGCGUUGUGAGAAUUUAACUACAAUUCAUGAUUCGGUUGGGUUGUUGGAUAAACUUAGAAUAUUGAAUUGUUUGUGUUGUAUAAAGCUUCGAGCUCUUCCUCCCAUGAAGUUGACUUCUCUUGAAGAUCUCAAUCUUUUUGGAUGCUCAAGUCUUGAGAGUUUUCCAGAAAUAUUAGGAAAGAUGAAACAUAUAGAAGUUCUCGACUUGACUAAUACUAACAUAAAAGAAUUGCCAUCUUCAAUUGAAAAUCUCACUGGGCUUCUACAAUUAGAUAUGUUGGGUUGUCCAAUUGUUGACUUACCAAGUAGCGUUGUCAAUAUGCGAGAACUGGCUGUAAUUAUGGGUAUGUAUUUGAAAUUGGGUUCAUUGCCAGAAGUGGACUCAAUGGUGUCUUCAAACUUACAACGUCUAGAACUCAACUGGUGCAAUGUGUCAGAUGAAUUUCUUGCAAUUGGUCUCACCUGGUUUGGUAAUGUGAAAGAGUUAAACCUCCCUUGCAAUAAUUUCACAAUUAUUCCUGAAUGCAUCAAAGAAUGUCGCCUUUUAACGAAGCUUAAUUUGGAUCAUUGCAAGCAUCUUCGAGAAAUUAGAGGGAUUCCACCAAAAUUAGAGCGUUUCUCUGCACGAGACUGCUCAUCCUUGACUUCCGAGUCUAAAAGCAAGUUAUUGGAUCAGAAACUUCAUGAGGCUGCAAACACCUUGUUUCUUUUGCCUGGAAGAACUGUAGGGAUUCCAGAGUGGUUUGAGCACCGCAGCAGGGGAUUGUCAAUUUCAUUCUGGUUUCGUAACAAUUUCCCUCCCAUAGCUAUCUGUCUUCUUGUGGAUAUCUUGGUUUGUAAUGCACCCGUUGUGAUUAUUAAUGGCAACAAAGUUUUCGAAGCUCCUUUUCUUCUGUUGUUACCGAAUCAUACAUAUCUUUUUGGUUUGCAUCAAGAGAAUAUUAAUCUGGAUGAAGUGACAUUAAAAAAUGAGUGGAACCGUGUGAAGGUUACAUGUGGAUCCAUCCGAAAACGUGAUGAUAAAGGCGAAAUAGGAAUCCAUGUAUUCAAAGAGAAAAAUAGCACGGAGGAUAUUCUAUUCAUUAAUCCUUAUCCUGAAUCCAAUUCAGAGGAUGGUAAUUCUGACAGUGAAGAAUCAGUGGAUACAAGAGGAAGAAUACUUGUUACGUUCAGUCUGAAUGAUUCUGACCGUGAAGAAUCACUAGUUCAGAGGAAGAGAAGGAAAACACAUGGUUAGAACCAAAGAGGGAAGCAAUAGACACGAAAAUUUCUGAAACGCGAUUCGUGCAACAGCCACAACAUAAAUGUGAAUUAGGAUUCACCUUCAAUGGCAUUUUCUGAAGAGCUGUGAUUCAGUGAUUCAGGGUUUUGAUACACUGGUGAGGGAGGUAAACAAUCUUGAUUCAUUUGUUUCUUCUAAUGAUAUUUUUAAGUUUAAGGAUAAUUCUACGGUCUAAUCAACAUGGAGAUUCUGUUAGGAACCACAACUGAUAUUAAACAUAUGGGACUGGAAAAUGAUGCUGAGUCAGCAGGAGGUCUGUUGGAAGAGAAUAUUCCAGAAAGGUGGCUUGGAAUGUAGCGGGAAGAAUGAAGGAUAAAUAUAGACAGCAUGGAAGGGUCUGAUUAUCCGGAAUCUUUGAUUUGGGCUGGAAUUGGGAGAUACUAGAGUCUUUCUAAGUGCUUCUCUGUAAUCAUUUCAAUACUGUUGAUGGAUGGAUAUUGUAUUUAGUUUCCAUAUUAGAACUAAAGUUCCCCUUUCUGUUUUUGUUACUUUUGUGUUGUGAAUUGCUGUCUGCUGAUCUCUAUCAGAUUCACACAUGGAGAUGUAAUUUGAGGCCAGUGAGCAAUGCUGCAAUGCUGUUAUACCCUCCGGACAUUAUUGCUGAUUCAAAUUCUAUAACGUCAGUU